CUGUUCCUCAAAAACUAUAAAAAUGCUGAGAAAAGCAAAGCGCAUCUGAACUUUUAUCAUACUUUAAAAAGCAUCAAAGACGACAGCUCAUGUGACAGUGAAAUCCGUGACAAGGCUAAAGAACUUUUGGACAAUAAACAAGUAAGUCGGCCUCAAUCUUCGUCGUUGUCUCCAUUAGUAUCAACACCAUCCGGGACAUUCCCUCCGUCAUCAUCAACCGAGAACAUUACCUCCAUCAUCUUCACCCGUAACAUCACCCCUCCGUCGUCAUCAUCACCCUCUCCAUCACAACGCUGGAGAAAGAGAAUGCACGAAUUCCUAAUUCUAUUUGUGAUGGUAGAAUUAGAAAAUAAGGUAGAAGAUAUGAACAGAAUGUUUUCCAAGAAAGAUGAAGAAGUAAAUAAGAUCAAGAAGCUAAGGCGACUAAACGAGAUUGUUUUCAACAAACUCGACGAAAUCGAUGAUGCCGUAGCCAAAGUCAUAUACAUUGGUUCCGAGCAAGAUGUAAAAGUACCUCGAGAGAGUGUCUACGAUGCAGAGAUGUAUAGAAUCUUGCAUAAUUGGCUUGCAAAGGUACAUAAUUUUGAAGUGACCGGCCAAUGGCACUUGGAACAGGUUUGCGAUGAUGAGUAUCAUCAUCUUUAUUGCAAUCUUGCAAUUACUAAAAAUAAUUCAUCCAAACCUGUCGCGAUUUUGGAACUCUUGGCAACGGCAUCCUCAAUAAACUUAAAUAAGCACUUUGAGCAAGUGCUUAAAUAUGCUGAAAAACUUUUCCCCCUAGAAAAGGGGAUUGUUCACUUUUCUCAUGAGGAUGACGUUGUCAAAAAUCCAUAUUGGCCAUGCGAAGAACUUCAAAAAAAAGGGCUAAACGUGGUACACUUUUGGCACGACGAAGAUUAUACAAACGUUCGGAUGAGUUCUCGGUUUUUGGACUUAUCCGGCAACCUUAAAAAGAAUACUUUUCGUAGUUGGUGUGUUUUUUCAUCACCGUCGCGUUAUUUAAUCCUCCUUUCGUAG